UCCUUGCUCUGUGCUUAUAGGGAAGGAGCCUGAGCUCCUGGAUUGUUUCCUGCCCAGGACUUAAGACUGGGGCCAGGAGGACACCUGCGUCCUUUCCUUUGCUGUGUCAGUACGCGAGGUGGCACCAGGAACCUGGACUCCGGAACUCUUCCCCUUGCUGUCUCUAUCUUCUGUGGGGAGAGCCCUGCCCCCUGGGCUCUCUUAGCAGGGGGCUGAGCUGGAUGUCUGUAGCGGGUGGAGGUCUGAAGCAGGGCAGGAGGUGGGACCUGGGUGCCCCUGAGUAUGCUCUGAGUGUGGCCUUUAGCAGCAGGGUGCCCCAGGGCAUGCUGGGAGUGUGGCUUCUAGUAAUAGACCCAUAGGGUGUGCUGGGUAUGCAGUUCUUAGCAAUAGGGUGCCUCAGAGCAUGAUGGGAAUGUUGCUCUUAGUGACAGGCAUCCCAGGGCAUGCUGGGAGUGUGGCCUUUAGUGACAGUACCUGGGAGCAUGCUGGGAGUGUGAGCCUUAGCCAUAGGGCUCCUAGGGCACACUGGGAAUGUGGACCUUAGUGACACAGUGCCUUGGAGCAUGCUGGAAAUGUGGCCCUUAGCAACAGGCACCCCAGAGUGUGCUGGGAAUGCAGAUCUUAGCUAUGCAGCACCCAGGGCAUGCUGGGGGCACAGCCCUUAGCACCAGUGUGCUCCAAGGCAUGCUUGGAGUGAGGUGCCACAGGGCAUGCUGAGAGUGCAGCCCUUAGCAAUAAGGUUCCUAGGGCAUGCUAGGUGGCCUAGGGUGGUCUACCUUUGUACCCCAGAGGCCCCCACUCCAUCCUAGUUACUCCUGGCCCCACCCAGUUACCUGUGCCCCAUUCCCAAUGCCCCAGGCCCACCCUACCUGCCCCACCAUCCCAGUUACCACGGGAAAGGGGCAGCUGGUCAGGUUGAGGCCAUUUUACGGCCUCUGCAAUGCUGGUGAAAGUUGGCAGCAGUGAAAGUCGUGCCAGGACUUCCCCUGAGACUUCCCCUGCCUGCCUCCCCCAUGGGGGGGGACCCCAAGAUGCUGGAUGGGGGGAGGGGCAGUGACAUCACAGCAGGGGGUGGCACCCCCCUCUCUCUCCCUCCCCCAGAACCCUUAUAACAAGGGGAUGAGUGCCGGCUUGGAGACGGACACCACCCCAGAGAUGAGACUCCUGGGACACCCCCUGCUGGCGCCAGGCCCCGUUGGACCCCCACUCUCCCCCUACUGACAGCACCCCCCAGAGCAGCCCUCCUGCGCCCCGUGGCCCUACCCAAGACCGCCCCUCUGUACUCCACGGGCCCCACCGCAAGCCACGGCUCCUGGCUACGAGCUCCUUGUGCCCCCCCCACCUGACCACGCAGCAGCCUGGGGUGCUGGUCAUGAGGACACGCCAAACUCUGGCACAUGGGGGCAGCAGCUUGGAGUGUCCUAUGAGAGACCCCCCUGCCCAGGAUGGGCCCCCCCCAAGUACUCCCACUCCGGACCCCAGCCCUGCUGAGAGGGUCCCCCCACGCUGCAACCCUGCCUGGUUCCAUGUAGGCAUGACCCAGUGGGUACGACAGAGGGAGUAUGUCCAGAAACUGGAGCAGCAGUUGGUCCGGGAGCGGCAGCGCCUGGCACUCAUGCAGACCCAACUGGUUGGAGCUGAUCCUGCCCUGGAUGUGGUUGCCUUGGGGAAGGUCCAGGCCAGCACCCCCCUCCCCCACACUGGCUGGCUCCGCCCAGGCCCCUCCUCUGCUGCCGGCCCAAAAGACACCCUCGAGACACCCCUGUGGGGGCACCACAGCCUUAGCUUCUACCCAGAGCUGGGGCCCAGCCUGGAAUACUACCGGGUCAGCACUGCUCGGCCCCCCUUCACCUAUGCUGCUCUCAUCCGAUGGGCCAUCAUGGAGUCACCCGAGCGGCAGCUGACAUUGAAUGAGAUUUACCACUGGUUCAGCCGGAGCUUUGGUUACUUCCGCCACAACACAGCCACCUGGAAGAAUGCCGUGCGACACAACCUGAGCCUGCACAAGUGCUUCGUGCGGGUGGAAAACGUGAAAGGUGCUGUGUGGACGGUUGAUGAAGGUGAAUUCCAGAGGAGGAGGAGCCAGCGCUUCCCCCGGGACCCGGACCUGAGGGGGCUUCUGCCCCCCCUGCCCUAUGCCCCAGCUGAAGGGGCCUGGCGCCCAGCCCCCCUCAGCUGAGGGGGCUGAAGGUGGGGCCUCCCAGAAGGGGGAGGAAACAAGGGUUGUAAUCCCUACCCGGCUGAAGCCACUGGUCCCACCCUCCUCCCACCUGUUCCCCACCCCCAGCAUCAUUCCCCACCCUUCAAUCCAGGAGCCUUCCAAUGGGGGUCAGAACCAAGCCAAUGAGCCAAUACGAAACAGAGUGGCUUGCAUGAGGGGAGCAUAUGAAGAUGAGGGCCUUGCACCCUGACCAUGUGCAGCUGACACCAUUCCACAGCUGUGGCUGCCUCAUAGGAUGGGGCCUUUUGUGAGGACAGCAUGGCAACGACCUCUCAUGGGGAUGGGGUGGGCCACAGGCUGGGCCCUUGUGUGCUGCAUCCUGGGGGGGCCUGGGAGGGGGACACUGGGUGGUGUGAUUAGCGGAGAGAGGCAAAACUGCUGGACCCAGGGCAAUAAAGUGCUGGCAACCUUUA